UGUGUAAUCUGUGGUCAAACGAUUUGCUUGUCAUCAUUGCCUAAAGUGAUUUGGAUUUUUUUGAAAAUACAAUAGUUGUAAUUUGUAAAAGUGCAUAAAACUUCGUUUAUUUUACUGAAAAAUUAUAAAUAAAUAAUCAUGAGUUCUAUAGGAACAGGAUAUGAUCUGUCUGCUUCACAAUUUUCGCCGGACGGUCGAGUUUUUCAAGUAGAGUAUGCUGCGAAAGCCGUAGAAAAUUCGGGAACAGUUAUUGGAUUACGCGGAAAAGAUGGUGUGGUAUUUGCUGUUGAAAAGUUGGUAACAUCAAAGUUGUACGAACCUGGCGCGAAUAAGAGAAUCUUUCAUAUUGAUGAACAUGUUGGCAUGGCAGUAUCUGGCCUGAUCUCUGAUGCUAGACAAAUAGUAGAGACAGCUCGUUCCGAGGCUUCAAACUACAGAUCACAGUAUGGCAUCCCAGUCCCAUUGAAAUACUUGAAUGAGCGUGUGUCCAUGUACAUGCAUGCAUACACACUGUACAGUGCGGUGAGACCUUAUGGGUGCGCUGCUAUUUUGGGAACUUGGUCUGAACAUGACGGACCUCAGAUGUACAUGCUAGAACCUAGUGGUGUAUCGUUUUCAUACUAUGGAUGUGCAGUGGGCAAGGCGAAACAAGCAGCAAAAACUGAAAUUGAGAAGCUCAAACUUGCUGAUAUUCCAGUUAAGGAUCUAGUGAAGGAGGCUGCGAGAAUUAUCUACCUCGUGCACGAUGAGCUGAAAGACAAACAAUUCGAGUUGGAACUUUCAUGGGUGUCGAAAGAUACGAAGGGUCGUCACCAGAUGGUGCCCAAGGAAGUUGCUUCAGAUGCUGAGAACCAAGCGAAGCAAGCGCUCGCAGAUAUUGAAGACUCUGAUGAUGGUGAAAUGUGAAUGAAGUAGAUAAUAAAUUUUUAUGUAUUA